AUACACGUCGGCUCUACAUAAAGUUGUAUUUAUUCAUCUGUGACAACCUUGUACUCACCAAUCAGAAACGUUUGGCUGGUGUUGUUUGUAACACGAAGGUCAAAGAUAAUAACGUGAUCAGAUGAAUAGAAAAUGAGCUAAGCUUUUACGUUUGUAGAAGUAUGGUGCAGUAGUUUGAAAGUGUUUGAAGAAUUUUAUGAUGUUAAUGUCUAGCUGUUACUUGGCCGUAAUAUUGCCCGUAUUCAUUACCAAAUUCGAGAAAUGACAAUCACAAGUGAAGCAGGGCCUUCCCGUAGUGGCAGUGAACCAGGACCUUCCAGAAGUAACAAUGGCGAGGAAAAAGAAAAAGACAAGGAAAAAGACGAACGAAUGUUUGAAUGUAACAUUUGUUUAGAUACUGCAAGAGAUGCUGUAGUGAGCUUGUGUGGUCAUCUGUUUUGUUGGCCAUGUUUACACCAAUGGCUUGAAACGAGGCCAAACCGUCAGAUGUGCCCUGUAUGUAAGGCUGCAAUCAGCAAGGAGAAAGUAGUUCCAUUGUAUGGAAGAGGGAGCACCAAACAAGAGGAUCCUAGGUACAAGAUUCCACCACGCCCUCCUGGACAGCGUACUGAACCUGAAAAUAAUGGGGGAUUCCCGGGCUUUGGCUUUGGAGAUGGCCUUCACAUGUCAUUUGGCAUUGGUGCCUUUCCCUUUGGUAUCUUCACAUCUACCUUCAAUUUUGGUGAUCCUAGACCUAGUGCAGCUCCUCGUGGAACACCCCAGUUUGAAGAGGAGCAGUUUCUGUCGAAAGUGUUCCUUUGGGUUGCAAUAAUUUUCAUAUGUUGGCUGUUGAUGGCAUAAUAUCAGCACUCAUGAUCACAGAAACCACUUCGUGAGAGCCUUCUGUAAAAGUUGUUUAAAUUUUUUCAAAUAUUUAUAUAUGUAUAAAGAGAAAUAUGAAGCACUUUUAUUGUUAUCAAUUGUCAAAUGCUGAAUGUAUAUGUGGUGGUAUAUCAUUUUUCUUAUCAUGUAUCUUAUAUAUUAUUAUGUAUAUUGUCACAACAUAGAUAGAUAAAUAUUCUUUAUAACUGAA